CCCCCCAAACAAACAUAAAGGUAUUAUUUCAAAACAUGUGAUUAUCAACAACAUGUUCCUUUUUUUAUAAUUUCCUCCUUUAACCAAUUCCACUUGCAAAUAAUGAAUCAGCACUAGAAGCUCUAUAAUUGGGUAAUUUCAAAAUCAAAAUAAUUAGAUAAAACAUGAAUUUAAUUCUAUCAAGAAUCUCAUUUCUAUGCGUUUGUGUUUUUCUCGUCUUACAAUCAGCUUCGAUAUGUGACCAAAAUGAUCAAAACGUCCUAUUACAAGUGAAGAAUCACUUCCAUAACGCCUCUUGUUUCUCGACAUGGAUCCCUGAAACCGACUGUUGUUCCUGGUCCGGCAUCAAAUGCGACGAAAAUGAUGCUAACCCGGGUCGCGUAACUGUGUUCAAGAUCGGGGCAAACGCUGUCAACAACCUUACUGGUCAAAUCCCUCCGAUCUUAGGUGAUCUUCCCUUGCUUAGGAAACUAAUAAUCAACUUUCAAGAUAAUUUGACAGGAACAAUCCCCUUAAGUUUGAGCAAGCUAACCAAGCUUGAAAUCCUUCACCUCUGCUGCAACAACCUCAACGGGACUAUCCCCGAUUUCUGGAGCGAGUUCAAGAGCCUCAACCUCAUUGGUCUCCAUUUGAAUUACUUCUCUGGCAGUAUCCCUUCCUCCUUGUCGCUCCUUCCAAACAUUACCAGGCUCGGAUUGUUCAGCAACUCGCUAAGUGGUUCAAUCCCAGAGAGUUUUGGAUCAUUCAAGAGUAAGACCAUUCAUUCACUCACAUUAUUCAACAACAAAUUAUCUGGGACUAUCCCAAGGUCGUUGGGCGAGGUGAAUUUCACAGACAUAGAUUUGUCCAACAACCAGCUCACUGGGGAUGCUUCAUUUUUGUUCGGGAAGGAUAAACCUAUUCAAAGGAUCUCACUGAGACAAAACAAGUUUAAGUUCGAUUUUACCAAAGUGGACUUGCCCCUGGGACUAAGGUCUAUUGACAUUGCUAACAAUGAAAUAUAUGGAUCCCUUCCUAAAGGACUCGACCAGUUGUCGUUGGAUUCCAUCGAUGUGAGCUACAACAACCUUUGUGGUCACGUCCCUGCCAGCCGGCUGCAGUUCCAACUUUAUUAUUUCACCUAUAACAAGCGCCUAUGUGACGUUACAUUACCGCCUUGUAAGGAAAUUAUUGAUGCGUAAUCAUUUUGAUUUCUUCACUAA